AUGCCGCUGGUAGACCCCAUCACCAUGUCGUCAGCACUGGCAAAGGACGCCUCGGCCCAGGCCACCGACAGCAAGCCGAAAGCUACCAUUGCCGCCGUCCCGACGUUCAACAAUGCCUUGUCCAAGGGCGUCUCUUUCGGCCGGGUAGCUGUCCUGCUGGGGCUGCUGGCAGCUCAGUUCAACGAGCUGGUGGCCCAGCCAGCCCUGACGCUGCAGUCCGCCGUGCCUGUCGUGGCGGUUGUCCAGGUGGCAUAUGUGGUGCUGUGCCUGCCAGCAGCGGGUUCCCAGCAGGCAAAGGGGGUCAAGAAGCCCCGUCCUGGCGAGAAGAAGAAGCCGGAGGCGGCCGGAACGAGCUCCUUGGUGACUGCUCUCCUCGCCUUGGUCCUCACUACGAUUACGACCCCCGUUAUCCACGCCCUCUUCAUCCUCUUCGGCGCGCCGCUCCUAGACCACUUUCUGGAAACGUUCCUCUGCGCCGCUCACUUCGCCCUCCUUGGAGUCUUCCCCAUUAUCUACGCUCGCGGAGUGGAUAACCAGGCCCUGGUUGCGGUGGCUGGCGUGUCUGCGCCUCUGGACGAGACGCUGGGCGGGCUGCUUGGCGCAGUGCUUGGCGCAUGGUUGGGCGCCGUGCCUAUCCCCCUGGACUGGGACCGAGACUGGCAGAGGUGGCCUGUGACUAUCGUCUGUGGUCUAUAUGCGGGCUCAUGCCUCGGCAGCUGGUUGUCAGGCACUGUGUUUUACGGCAAGCGAAUCGGCGGAACGGCGCCCGCCGCCAAGGAGGAGUAG